ACAACUCCACGGUAGCACCGCCACAGCAUGGCUGACCCGAUGAGCUGCUCAGCCGCAGACCUCAUCCCCCUGCUCGGGGCCGACCCAAACGCCACCCUAACCGCCGCCUUCAUCUGCGGCCGCUUCGACGCAGUCUCGGCCAAGCUCUCGGACGCCACGUAUGCGAUAGACAACACGUACCUACUCUUCUCUGCGUACUUGGUGUUCGCCAUGCAGCUGGGUUUUGCUAUGCUGUGCGCGGGUUCGGUUAGGGCCAAGAACACCAUGAACAUCAUGCUCACCAACGUUCUUGAUGCAGCUGCUGGUGGACUCAGUUACUAUCUGUUCGGCUACGCCUUCGCCUUUGGUGGGCCCUCCAACGGCUUCAUCGGAAAGCAUUUCUUCGCCCUCAGUGACUUUCCCACGGCUGGAUUCGAUUACAGUUUCUUUCUCUACCAGUGGGCUUUCGCCAUUGCUGCUGCAGGUAUUACUAGCGGAUCCAUUGCAGAGAGGACACAGUUUGUGGCAUACCUAAUAUACUCCACAUUCUUAACCGGUUUCGUCUACCCAAUAACCUCCCACUGGUUCUGGUCAGGCGAUGGUUGGGCCGCUGCCGCCAAGACAAGCGGAGACCUUCUCUUCGGCUCGGGGGCCAUUGAUUUCGCCGGCUCCGGUGUGGUCCACAUGGUUGGAGGUGUAGCCGGAUUUUGGGGUGCACUAAUCGAGGGCCCACGUAUCGGCCGUUUCGAUAAAACCGGCCGAUCCGUAGCCCUGCGAGGCCACAGUGCCUCGCUGGUGGUCUUGGGCACCUUCCUGCUCUGGUUCGGUUGGUACGGUUUCAACCCUGGUUCGUUUUUAACCAUUGUCAAAUCCUACGGGUCGGCAGACAAACCCUACUACGGCCAGUGGAGCGCUAUAGGGAGGACAGCUGUCACUACGACACUUGCUGGGAGCACGGCCGCCCUGACAACCUUGUUUGGUAGGCGGAUCCUGGUCGGCCACUGGAAUGUCAUGGACGUCUGCAACGGCCUUCUGGGUGGGUUCGCCGCCAUCACCUCCGGCUGCUCGGUGGUGGAGCCGUGGGCGGCGAUCGUGUGCGGUUUUGUGGCGGCGUGGGUUCUUAUCGGACUCAACAAGCUAGCGAAAAAGCUCAAGUACGACGACCCGCUCGAGGCGGCCCAGUUGCACGGCGGGUGCGGGGCGUGGGGCCUACUCUUCACGGGCCUAUUCGCUAAAAAGAUUUACGUGAACGAGGUUUAUCCGGGUCGACCCGAUAGGCCGUACGGGUUGUUCAUGGGCGGGGGCGGGAAGUUAUUGGCGGCACAGCUUGUGCAGAUUCUUGUGGUUAUCGGGUGGGUCACGGCUACGAUGGCGCCGUUGUUUCUUGCGCUACAUAAAAUGGGUCUACUGAGGGUUUCAUUUAAAGAUGAAACGGCUGGAAUGGACUUGGCUAGGCAUGGUGGUAUGGCAUACGUCUACGAAGAUGAAGAUGAGAAUUCUGCUCUUCCGAACUUCAAUCAGAAUCAGGCUGGCCCGAGUGAUACGUCUACACCCGAGCACACACCACGAGGUGCUGAUGUGUGAAAGAGAAAAUGAAAUAAAUACCUGAGAUUGUGAAUAACAUGUUCACAGAUUGUAAUGAGAUAUUUUACUUUUGUGUUGGUGCUUCUAGGAAAUUGAUGUGUUUGUCGAUUGUUUCCGGGAAGGGGCAUUGUGUGACUUUUGAUUAAUCUUCUUUCAAACAAAUGUGUGACCUUUUUGUGCUUCUCUAUUGAUUGAACUUUUGGAUUUUUUUUUCGU